AUUACAUAUAUACAUGCACAAGAGAAGAGGGUGGAGAUUAAGCUCCAGUGGACACCAUAGGCAAACAACGAAUCAUGUCUAAAUCUUCAAAAAAGGUAGAGGAUUUGCCCAAGUAUUGGGUGAAGAAAAUGAGAACUCAGUUCAAACGCUUUGAUGCUGAUGGCGAUGGAGUUUUAACAAAGGCUGAUCACAUCUUAAUAGCAGAGAGACUCAUAAAGGCUGGUAACCUAUCGGGAGAGGAAGCCAACAGAGUACACAGAAUAUUCACCUUCCUCUGGGAUGACUUCAGCACAUCAAAAACUCAGAUGACUGAAGAAGAAAUGAUUCUUAACAAUUUCAAGUUCAUCCAUGAUGACAGGUUCAAGCCAUGGUUUGAAGAUCAAUACAAGCUCUACUACGACGCAAUGGAUGUAAAAAAAACUGGACAGAUCUCUUUGGAGAAUUUCAAAAGUUUCUAUGCCGUCUUGGGAAUCGAUGCAACAUUUGCCGAUGCUGUUUUUGCUUACAUUGAUGAUGACAGUAAUGGACUUAUAAAUCGUGGAGAAUUUAUGACGGCUGCUGAGGAGUAUCUUUAUGAUAUAUUUGCUGAUGACUCUGCUAACAAUCACUUUUGGGGACCUCUUUUAGAGGACGCAUAAAUUGCUGCAUGAUAUAGACAUUCCUAAAAAAAACAUAUCGGGAAAUAUCCCAGAAUAGAGGACUAAGAAUUACAAGUGACAGAUUUUUUUUUUAAAUCUAUCUAUUAACUAUCAUUUGUCUAACAUUAAUCAAAAAGAUUGGCACUUUUGUCUUUUAUUUUGUUUACCACCAAAUGAGGAUGAAUAGCAUUGUCUGGUUUGGAUAUUUUACAGUCAUAUUUUAUGUUUGUAAACAUAAAAGACCAAGGAAUAUCACCAUCAUAUGUCCACAAUUUGUGGAUUAUUUACUAAAACAAUAAAACAUUAUUUUUGUGAUUGUUAAAAAUUUAAAGAAUGCUAGAUUUUGUCUUGCAUCCAGUCUUUGAUCAUUCCCCCCAUGCUUUUCUAAUUCAACCAUGUGUCUGUGUUAGAGAGGGGGGGGGCAUAAGGACUGCAAUAUAUAUGUAUGUUAAUUUGAGACUGAAUUCAAGACUAAUUUGAGACCUGAAAUCUUUAAAAAUGGUUAUCAUAUAAAUGCAUAGAAAAUAUAAACAAACAGGUGUAUUACAUACAUGUAUAGUGAGAAAAAAGUAGAUUAAUACAGAAAGAACUAUAUAUCCAUCAUUUUUUAUUUUAUUUUGUUUACCAUCAAAUAAGGGUGAGCACUGAGCAGUAUAUUCUGAC